AUGGCAAAGAGAGACAUCCAAGGCCUUAUCCCUGUUUCAUUUGCUUCAUGCUUCAGAAGUCUUGCCCGUUCCAGCAUUUCUCUGCCCGUGCCCACGACCACAGAGAUCAUUCCCAAGGCUCCACGCCAUGUCACCCCCACGCCCGAGUCUGCUCCACGCCAUGUCACCGCCACGCCCGAGUCUGCUCCACGCCAUGUCACCGCCACGCCCGAGUCUGCUCCACGCCAUGUCACCGCCACGCCCGAGUCUGCUCCACGCCAUGUCACCGCCACGCCCGAGUCUUCUCCACGCCAUGUCACCGCCACGCCGGAGUCUUCUCCACGCCAUGUCACCGCCACGCCCGAGUCUUCUCCACGCCAUGUCACAGCCACGCCCGAGUCUGCUCCACGCCAUGUCACAGCCACGCCCGAGUCUGCUCCACGCCAUGUCACAGCCACGCCCGAGUCUGCUCCACGCCAUGUCACAGCCACGCCCGAGUCUGCUCCACGCCAUGUCACAGCCACGCCCGAGUCUGCUCCACGCCAUGUCACAGCCACGCCCGAGUCUGCUCCACGCCAUGUCACAGCCACGCCAGAGUCUGCUCCACGCCAUGUCACAGCCACGCCUGAGUCUGCUCCACGCCAUGUCAUAGCCAAGCUGCCCACGACUACUUGCUCCACACCUGCCACGGCCACCAAGCCAAUGCCCACGCCUGCCAUGGCCACUGAGCCUGAAGCCUCGUCCAUCCCAGAGCCAGCGCUGCCAGCCUCGUCCGUCCCAGAGCCAGCGUACACGUCCGCCCGGAAGCGGAGGAGAAGAAGGCUUCUGCUCCCAAGUCUCUGCCCGUGCCCACGACCACAGAGGUCGUUCCCGAGUCUCCGCCCGUGCCCACGACCACAGAGGUCAUUCCCGAGUCUCUGCCCAUGCCCACGACCACAUGUCAUUAUUCACUGUUGUUUAGCCCUAUGUUUUGCCUCUGUCGUUUGUCUCUAGUUUCCCUUGCACUACAUUUCCCAUAAUUCACUGCCCUGAUCACUACCAGCUGUUCCCUAUUGUUCUCACGUGUGUUUUAUUUACCUCUUUUAUCCCUGUGUAUAUAUUGUCCUGAUGUCUGUUUUACCUUUGUCAGUUGUUGUGUUUCUCUCCAGUUCGUGCUCCGGUUUGUAUUCUGUUUGUUUAUGUUACGUAUAUACUGUAGGAUGAAGUUAAAAUAGAAUAACCUGUUAUUUCUUUAUAAUUCUAGAAUUUACAUUCAUAAGACUUGAUUUUAUUAUGGAAUGACCCACUGUUGAAAUGCAGUUUCACUGUGAUUGACGCCUUCUAUUUUACCUUAAGGAAGGAACUCCUCAAUAGAGCCACAGCACAUCACUGAAUGGUCAUUGGUACAAGAUGGGAAGUGAAUGCUCUCAGCUGUCUUUUCAUUAAGGACAUUUUCAGCAAACUAAAUGAAAAGACAAAAACAGAGAAGCGAUUUAUCUACAGGAGUCUGCAGUUGUGUACUGUUUACACGAUAUAGAUGCAAGACAAAACGCAACCCACACAACCUACGGCCACUUUGCACUUCAGCACCUGCUCCACUCUCUUUCUCAGUGGGACUCUGGAACUGCUAGUCAGCUAUGAACAAAGCUGACUUCAUUCCAGCCUUUGCAACACAGUCCACCCUUAGCAUCCAGGCACUGACAGAAACAUGGAUAUGUCCAGAGGAUACAGCAACACCUGCUGCUCUCUCCAACAACUUCUCCUUCUCUCACACCCCUCGACACUCCGGUAGGGGUGGGGGAACAGGUCAGCUGGCAAACUUUCUUGAGGAGUUGGAUGUCCUGCUGUCCUCCUUCCCAGAGGAUGAUAAGCCACUUGUGGUUCUUGGUGAUUUCAACAUACACCAAGACAAGCCCCAGGCCACUGAACUGAAUGCUCUUCUGGCCUCAUUUGACUUGGAAAGACUAAGCACCACAGCAACUCAUAGAUCGGGCAAAGAUCCCAUCUACAUUAAAACAGACUCCACCUUUGGUUUCCUUUCGCCGUAACCUCCGUUCUCUUUCACCAUCUCGCCUUUUCACUGCUGUCUCUACCUCUUUUCCCACACAAAAUGUAUGUUCCACCCUUGAUGUAAACACUGCCAAAGACACACUAAGUUCUACUUUAGUAACCUAUCUAGACAACAUCUGUCCUCUCUCCUCAAGGCCAGCGUGUACUACACCACCCAGCCCCUGGCUCUCUGACGCCCUUUGUGAACAUCGGACUGACCUCAGGGCAGCUGAGAGGAGAUGGCGGAAAUCUAAAGAUCCACCUGAUCUAGCAGGAGGACAACUCCCUGGGUCCUGAUGAUGUGGAUGAUGCAGAAGCCCCAGCAUCACCCAAAAAAAUCAGAGAUAUCUUCUGCACUGAUGGAUCUCCUUGGACCAGUUUACAAACCAGCAGCCAGAGCAUCAGAGAAAACUGAGACUGACAUUGUAAAAGAGGAAGUGGCAAGAUACAGGAAAGUCAAACCUGUUCCACUCAAUGAAAACCCACUAAUAUGGUGGAAGAUGCAUGCUGAAGAGUAUCCUCUUUUAGCACGCCAAGCAAAGUGGUAUCUCUGUGUUCCUGGGACCAGUGUUCCUGCAGAGAGAUUUUUCUCAACCACUGGCGAUAUAGUCACAGCACAAAGAAGCUGCCUUAAGUCAGACCAUAUCGAUCAGCUGCUUUUCUUGCACAAAAAUCUGGUAAUCACCCAAAAAUUAGUAGGCUAUAGUAAAGAGCUGUUUAUGGACAGUUAGUAUGUUUUAAAGACACAAUGUCCAGGGGCUUUAUGAGCCUGUUUUGAAAACUGUUUGAUUUCUUAAACAUGUUUCAAGGUAUAUAACUCUGAUCUCAGUGCAUAAUUCUUUUUCAGUUUGGGUCUGUUAACUGUAAUAUUUAAAAGUGCAUUGUUGUUGUUAAUGACUUGCACUGUUGCACUUUACUUUAACAUUUACAAUGUCAUGGGUACUUUUUUUUUUUUUUCCAAUAAGCAGUUUGUGCUAACUAUGUGUGUAUUGUAUGUGCAUAUUUAUUAUUUUCUUGUUACAAUGAUUGUUACUUAAAGU